AUGUCUGCAACACACGCCUACUACCCCACACAUCCCUCGGCUUCCCUGCCCAUCAACAUGCCACAGAAGCCUGGCUACUACCCAAAUCCCCCGUACCAUGGCUACGCUGGCUACGUAAGAGUCUCUGUCUCUCCGCCAGAAGCUCCUGAAAGCGUAACCACUUCUGGUGUUGCGUCCUACGAGCCAUCUGCGACAUCCAGCAGCUAUGCCGCCAGCGCAAGCGACUACGACUCCAGUGCCUCGACCACGGGAGUUGAUCUUAUGGAAUACAUGGGCAAUCGCCUGAACGGAGCACUCGACCCAGUCCCGUUGGAUCGCAGCCUUGCGAAGCAGGCGCAGACUUCCGGCGAACUCAACGCGAAGCACCGCGAACUCCUCGAACUCCAGGCCCUUGCACAGCGACGAUUGGCCGGUGUGAGGUCAAAUUUUGCAGACGGCAUGCGGGCCGCGAAAGACGUGCAGAAGGAUCUCCAAUGGACGCAGAAGCGAGUAGAUGCGCUGAACGAACGGGCUGCACGCAAAUAUCCCGACCAAUACAAGUCUGCUCAGCGACGAUAUCCCGCCCCCGUCGACUACUAA